AUGAAUUCGGAAAUAAUGUACAAUAAUUUUUAAAUAUAGCAUUGGUGGAUAAUUUGACAAGAAUGGAUUAAAGGAUGGUUGGUGGAUUGAGUUGAAUGAUAGUAUAACUAAGUAUUGAUGAUAAUUAUUUUAAAGCCAGAGUCAAGUUUCUCAUUACUUUGGAGAAUAUAAGGUAGGAAAAAAAAUUGGUAGAUGGGAAACUAAAAUUAAGUUUGACAACUUUAUUGAAUUUGAAGUGAUGUAAGAUAUUAUUAAUAAUUAAAGUGGCGGAGGAGUUUAUGAUUAGAAUGAAAUCAAAAUUGGAUAAUGGGUGGAAUUAGUUAAUAAUUAUUCUAAGUAUUGUCAUACUAAAUAGGAAAAAUUAAGUGAAAUAUUCCGGUGUUUAUUAAAAAGGAUUCAAAAGUGGUUAAUGGUAUAUUUUAUAAAAAUAAGAAAAUGAUUUUGAGAUUGUGUAAUUAUUAUAAGAUAUUCAUGAAGUGGAGGAGGAUUUUAUGAAGAAGGAGUGAAAGUUGGAAAAUGGAUGGAAUUGAGUUCAAAUAAUGACUAUCACUUCACUCAUAUUGGAGAAUAUAAUAAAGGUUUAAGGAUUAACAGAUGGAAUAUUUUAUUUUUGAAGUCAGAUACUGAUGAUUACAAAAUUAUGUAUUUGAAAAAAUAUGAUUCAUAGUGGUGGAGGUUCAUAUAAUUUAAAUGGAAUGAAGCAUGGAAAAUGGGUAGAAGUAUAGAGUUAAAAUGGAGUGUAAUUAAAUUUAUAAUUAGAUUUAACAUAUUUGCUUACUGUGGGGAAUAUAAAAAUGGAAAAAAAUAUGGUAAAUGGGAGAUUCUUUAAGGAUCGACUUCAAAAAAUUAAUAUUUUAUUAUGUAUAAUUUAUUAUAAACGGUUUAGUGGAGGAGGUAGUUUUGAUGAAAAUGGAUUUCAACAAGGCUUAUGGAUGGAUAUAGAGUAAUGUUCAUUUUAGUUUGAUUAAAUCAAUAACGAUGGAUUAUUUGUUCUUUCUAUUGGUAAAUAUUAAAAAGGGAAGAAAAUUGAUAAAUGGGAUACCAUAUUUCAUCUUGACAGAGUAGAGGAAGCUAAGAAUUUGUAAUUAUUUAUAAUUACAAAAGGGGAGGCGGAUAGUUUGAUGAAAAUGGAAUCAAGCAGGGUUAAUGGACUGAAAUACAUGAUACAUUUCAUAGGUAUCUAAUUUGAAUAAAUAGUAGUGAGAAAUAAAUAACUUAUUUUGGAUUUUAUAAAGAUGGAAUAAAAGUUGACAAAUGGGAGACAAAUUAUAUGAGAGGCGAAUAUGAAGUCAUGAUUAUGUAUUUUAAAUGUUUUAUAGACUUAAGUGGUGGUGGCAUUUUUGAUUAGAAUGGAUUUAAAUAAGGUAAAUGGAUGGAGUUACAUGAAAACUUUAAUAAGUACUUUGGUUAUUUAUCUUUAGUUAUCUGCUGGUUACUUAUUAUGGUGAUUAUGAAUUUGGCAAAAAGAUUGGAAGAUGGGACACUUUAUUAUUUUAAGUUGAUGAAUCAAUAAAUAAUUCUCAUUGGUAAUUAUUAAUUGAUAUUUGUAGUUAUUCUGGAUCAUCAAGCUAAAAUUAUAUGGUAGAUAUGUAUAUGAAGUAAACUUUAAUUAUUUUAAGCAAUUCAUUUUAAUCAAAUAAUUAAGAAAAUUAGAAUUAAACAGAAGAAGUUGAUGAUUAUAAAGAAGGAAUUGGCUUCAUUUAAUACUGUCAAUAAGAAUUUCAAAUUAUGUAAAUUAAUUUUAAUACUUAGUGGAGGUGGAUUAUUUGAUAAAGAUUAGACAAAGCAUGGAUUUUGGAUAGAAAAUUAUUUUGACAAGUCAUUAAAGUAUUUUUAUAUAUUAAAAGAUUAGUGGGAUCAUUAUUAAGGGGAAGUAUAAUUAUGGAAAAAAGGUAGGAGAUUGGAAGUCAUUUUCUCGUGAUAAUUAAAAAAGAAAAAUGUAUUUAUAAUAUAUAAUUUAGUGGAAGUGGAUAUUUUGAUUAGAAUGGAAUAAAGUAAGGAUAAUGGUUAGAAUCGCGUUCAUAUUUCAAAAAGUUUAUUUAUAAAAAGAUUUAAUAGCGAAUCUCUUAUUGACUUUGGUGAUUAUAAAGAUGGUAUAAAAAUAGGUAGAUGGGAUAUUGUAUAAUAAAUAGAUAAUACUCCUCAAUAUUCAAUUAUGUAAUUUAUAAUGAAUAAUAAAUAGUGGUGGAGGAUCCUACGACUUAAAUGGCCAAAAAUAUGGUGAAUGGAUUGAUAUACAAAAACCUCGUUUGUAAGAUUUAAAUUUAUAGAGCUCUUAUCAUAAUUUUAUUACAAUAUUGAAAGGUGAAUAUAAAAAUGGGAAGAAAUUUGGUAAAUGGGAUGUAAAAUAGACUUAAAAAUAUUGUGACAAAUUUAAACCAAUGUAAGAACUUAUUAAAUACAAAGAUGUGGAGGAUAGUUUGAUAUAGAUGGUCAAAAACAAGGUUGGUGGUUAGAAUAUUGUAAAAGAUAUAAGUAUUUCUGAACUCUUAUUAUAGAAUCAAAUAUAUGCUAUUUAUUGGAGAAUAUAGAAAUGGAUUAAAAAUUGGUAAAUGGGAGUAUAUGAAUAUAGAUAGAGAUAGCUUUAAUUUUAAAAUCAAGUAUUAAAAUACAUAAAAAAUAGAUAUGGAGGAUUAUUUGAUGAGAAUGGAUUGAAGCAUGGUGUAUGGAACUUGAUUUCAAGAGAUUAUCAAAGGUAAUACUAAUUUUAUCUUAUUUUAGUAACACUUACAAAGUAAAAUAUUAAAAAGGGUUUAGAAUUAGUGUAUGCAAAAAAAAUUUAUAAUCAAUAACCUUGUUUUGA